UCACCAACCACGAUACGACCUGCUUAUCGAUACACUCCAUUCUACAGUAAUCCCCAUUGACUGUCCGGCCGCACCAGCACUGUGUCCAAGCAAACACUCCAUGGAGCUCCUCCUCCUCCUGCUACUCCUCCUCACGGCCGCGGCGGUGGCCUCAGGCUCAGGGGAACCGGCGCACCCGGGCUACACCCACACCGACGAGGAGGGGCCGUCCUCUUGCGGCGUAGUAAAGGAGGAGGCCGCGGCGGCAGCGGCAGCGGCAGCGGUUCCGGAGCGGCGCGAGGAGUUCGACGGCGGGCGGAUCGUGGACAUCAGCCACUACUACCGGGAGGAGAUGCCGGCGUUCGAGUCGGCGGAGGGCACGGCGGGGUUCCUGCGGCUGGCGCGGUCCAUGCGCAACGGCUCCGACAUCGCCAACUUCUCCGAGCUCCGCCUCACCGCGCAUUCCGGCACGCACGUCGACGCGCCCGGCCACGUCUUCGAGCACUACUUCGACGCCGGCUUCGACGUCGACACGCUCGAUCUCGCCGUCCUCAAUGGGCCAGCGAUGUUGGUUGAUGUUCCUAGGGAUAGCAACAUUACAGCUGGUGUCAUGGAAUCCUUGCAUAUUCCUAAAGGUGUUCGUCGUGUUCUUUUUCGAACCUUAAACACCGAUAGAAAGCUUAUGUGGAAGAAAGAGUUUGAUCCAAGUUAUGUUGGCUUCAUGAAGGAUGGUGCUCAGUGGUUGAUAGAUAACACUGACAUCCAACUAGUCGGAGUCGAUUACUUGUCUGUGGGAGCAUAUGAUGAAUGUAUUCCGGCUCAUUUAGUUUUCCUUGAGAAAAGGGAAGUCAUCCUUGUGGAAGCCUUAAACCUUGAACAUGUUACGGCUGGAAUAUACACCUUGCAUUGCUUGCCACUAAGGUUGCGCGGGGCUGAAGGAUCUCCAGCAAGAUGCAUACUUAUCAAAUAACAACUGUGACAAGUAUGAUAAUGAAAGAAGAAGAUACUCCAGCAAGAUGCAUACUUAUCAAAUAACAACUGUGACAAGUAUGAUAAUGAAAGAAGAAGAUACAACUCAUGUGAGGCAAUCUGUCAAAAAAGUGUGGGUCAAUCUCAAUGAGGAUUUGUACCACCUAUAUCAAUAUGAACUAGCAAAUGGGUGUAUAUAUGGAAUAUACAACAAAAAGAACAUACUUUAUAGUGUCUGCAAGUACACUUGCUGUUGUAAAUCAGGAAUGUCUGAAUCUUGUAAAAGGCUAUCGGCAGGUGCACUGUGAGUCUUUGAAAA